UUGUCUGUUAGUCUGUUAGUCUGUUGUUCCAUGUUCCAUGUAAAUCUAUGUUCUCUGCUCUGUAUAAACGUGACCGCAUGGUGCGUGGUGAUUAACCUCAAAGUCGUAAGAUUCCAACGAAAAGUGUCACUACUUUGAUUGUCGUUAAAAUCUGCGUUCAAUUUGUAGUUCAAUAAUAUAUGAUUAUUGCUGAUAUAAAUAAACUAGUAAGAUGUCGAGUGAAUUUGAAAAUGUUAAGCAAAAAACUCACAGGGAUCGACAUUCGGGUCGCAAAGCCGAAAAGAAAAAAGCGAAAAAUGAGCACGAACAGAUUUUAACCGACAAACAGAAAAAUCCGAAAGCCUUCACCUUUAAUUCGGCAAUAAGAGCAGAGAGAAGGUUCCGCAGAAAGCAGGACAUAGACACAAAGAAACAGCAUAUACCGUUGGUAGAUAGAACACCCGUAGAACCACCUCCAAUAUUGGUAGCUGUUGUGGGACCUCCAAAAGUGGGUAAAUCUCUGCUCAUACAAUGUUUGAUCAAGAGUUACGUGAAGCAGCCUCUGACCAAUAUCAUUGGUCCAGUGACGGUGGUAUCGGGUAAAAAGCGUCGUAUAACAUUUAUGGAAUGCAACAACGACAUAAACAGUAUGAUCGACAUAGCAAAAGUAGCUGAUCUUGUAUUGCUACUCGUGGAUGCAUCAUUCGGUUUUGAAAUGGAAAUAUUCGAAUUUUUAAAUAUUUGUCAAGUUCACGGAAUGCCGAGAAUAAUGGGAGUUUUAACGCAUCUUGACCUUCUCAGUAAUGCAAAACAAUUGAGAAAAACAAAGAAAACCCUCAAAACUCGUUUCUGGACUGAAGUUUACGCAGGUGCAAAGCUCUUCUAUUUAUCAGGUUUGAUGCACAACGAGUAUCUCCGUACAGAAGUAAAGAAUCUUGCGAGGUUCAUUUCGGUCAUGAAAUUUCGACCGCUCACCUGGAGAACCAGCCAUCCCUACUUGCUUGCUGACAGAAUCGAAGAUCUGACUGCGCCGGAACUCGUUAGACAAAAUCCCAAAAUCGACAGAACGAUCAGUCUUUAUGGCUACGUUCGAGGCGUUCCGCUGAACAAAGAGACUUCGGUACAUAUUCCAGGCUGUGGGGAUUUGAGAAUAAAAGAUGUAAGUUUUCUUCCGGAUCCUUGUCCUCUUCCGGAACAACUGAAGAAAAGAUCGCUUGUAGAAAAAGAGCGGUUUAUUUAUGCUCCGUUUUCUGGUGUUGGUGGAAUCGUCUAUGACAAAGACGCCGUUUAUGUUGAACUCGCUGGCAGCCACUCCCACAAAGAAGAUGACACCGGACUACUCUCCAAUCUCAUGGAGACUCAGGAAACCUUGGAUGAAAAACUGCAGCGAAGUGAGAUGAAGAUAUUCAGCGAUACCGAGCCGAUAAAGGCACAAGAUGUCGCAGCUCACUUUGCAUCUGGUAUGAGCGAAGAAAUAAUUGCGGAGGAAGGUAGAGUGAGGAGAAAAGUUAUUUUUGCGGAUGAGAGCGAGGAGAAAGAAAAAGUUACAUCUGGAGAUCAAAGCGACUCGGAAGGUGAGAAUGAAUCAAGCGAAGAAGACGAAUCAAAUGACGAGGACGGAGAUGAACUCGGUGAAACCAAUGAAGGAGAUGAAAAUCUCAAUGAAAGUUCAGACAUAAAUUCUUCUAAGCGCAAAGUAGCUGACGAAAUUCAAACUAAAAGCACGAAAAAGCUGAAAACUAAGAGUUCGUUCGACGAGGACGAUUUGGAAGCUGAACUCUCAGAACUACGUGCUGAAGGAACGGUCAAAAAGGAGAAAGUGGUGGAAAGCGAACCGACGAUUUAUCGAGCACUCACAAAAGAAUCUGACGUUCAUGUAAAAGAGAAAAUAACUCAAGCUCUUGGAAUGUUGAGUGAAAAAGCGGUAAGAAUCAAAGAACCAAAAUUAGAGGCUCAGAAGGAAUCGACAGACGACGAAAGUUUUGAUGAGUUGAGUGACAAUGAUGCAGAAGGAGAACCCGAAAAUGCAGAAUCCGAUGAUGGGGAAUACGAGUCCGAAAUGGAAAAAAGUGAGGAGGGAGAAGAAGAUGAGAGCGAAGGGAAUGAAGAUUUGAAAUGGAAAAGCGAUUUGGCAUCAAAAGCAAAAGAGUCUUUCGCGAGUCGUCAGAGAAAUAAUCAAAACCUCAUGUCCCUAGUUUACGGUACAAUCGCGUCGUCGAGAGAAGAAGAAAAUAAAGAAGAACAAGAGGAAGGAGAAGAAAUUGGUGGAAUAUUCCGGGUGGUGAGUGAGGAGCAGCGACGAAAGCUUCAAGAUCGCGAACUAAAGAAUCGCGAAGAGUCAGCAUUUUACACAAGUGACAAACCGCGCGACUGGUUGGACCCGACAAAUAAAAUGCUCGUUGUCGAUCGUUUCGUAACAGGCAAAUGGAAAGAAUCGGAGGACGCUGAAGAGCUUUUGAAACUUGACGAUCUCAAGGACGAGGAUGUUUACGGAGAUUUUGAGGAUUUAGAGACUGGGGAACGCCAUGAGGCCGCUGCGGGAAAAGCUCCGGAAGAACUGGGCAAGAGCGAAAUUGAAGAGAGAAAAAAAUUAAUGGAAAAAAAGCACAAACUUAAAGAACAAUUCGACUCGGAAUACGACAACAACGAAACAAAGACUUAUUACGACGAGCUCAAACAGGAAGCUGAGAAACAAUCGAAAUUGAACAAAUCGGAAUUUGAAAAUUUGGAUGACGAUACGAGAGUUCAACUCGAAGGUUUCCGGCCUGGAAUGUACGUACGAGUGGAAAUCGAUUCGAUCCCGUGCGAGCUGGUGAACAAUCUCGAUCCUUCUUAUCCUUUGAUAAUCGGUGGCUUGCUGCACGGUGAAGAAAAUAUUGGCUUUGUGCAAACUCGAAUAAAGAAGCAUCGUUGGUACUCGAAGAUUUUGAAGACGCGUGAUCCACUAAUAUUGUCCGUUGGUUGGCGAAGGUUUCAAACGCUACCAAUUUUUUCGAAACUCGAGGAUGACAUGAAAAAUCGAAUGUUGAAAUAUACGCCUGAGCAUGUUGCUUGUAUGGCUCAUUUCUGGGGCCCGGUGACUCCGCAAUCCACUGGAGUUCUCGCGAUUCAGGACGUCGCAACGAGACAGCCAGGUUUUCGUAUUGCAGCGACCGGUUCGGUCGUCGAAACCGACAAGACUACCAGAAUCGUAAAAAAGCUCAAACUCACCGGUGUGCCACUGAAAAUCUACAAAAAAACUGCUUUCAUAAAAGACAUGUUCAACUCGAGUUUAGAAGUGGCAAAGUUCGAGGGCGCCAGAAUAAAAACUGUAUCGGGAAUUCGUGGACAAAUAAAAAAAGCUGUUUCCAAGCCCGAGGGCUGCUUCCGUGCAACUUUCGAAGACAAGAUCCAACUGAGUGACAUCGUAUUCUGUCGCACUUGGUACAAAGUCGACGUACCCAAAUUUUACAAUCCAGUUACUUCGCUGCUCUUGCCAUUGGCUGAAAAGAGCCAAUGGCACGGUAUGAGAACAACGGGCCAACUGAAAAAAGACAACAGCAUAAAAGCUUUGCCAAACAACGAUUCUCUUUACACGCCGAUCGUUCGUGAACCGAAAGUCUUCAAACCUCUCGUCAUUCCACGCAAUCUUCAGAAGAAUUUGCCCUACCGAGACAAACCGAAAUUACAACCGAGUUUGAAGAAUCGCAAAGUCAGUUUCGAGGCCACGAGGCCCGCGGUCGUUCGCGAACCGAGGGAAGAAAAAAUAUCCAAACUUAUGAAAAUGAUACGAACCACCUACAGUCACAAACAAGAAAAACUCAAAGAGGCUACAUCCCAGAGAAUGAACGCUUACAAGGCGAGGGUUGAAGCUGAAGAAAUGAAAAAAAUGAAACGGCAGAAAGAACUGAAAAAACAAGUUUUCCGAACUUUGAGCAAAAUGGAGGCGAAAGAAGCGAGAGAGGCGAAAAAACGUCGCUGACGACCGGAGUCGUCAGCAAAUUCUGUACAUUUGUUAUUUUAGCUUUGUUAAUGCAAUAAAUAAGUAUGAUUUUCAA